AUGCAUAGGCUUCUUCUUCUCCUCCUCCUCGUAUUCUACAAACUCAUCUUAGGGUAUAAGAUUGGGCACAAGAACCUGCCACCAAGUCCUCUCAGUCUUCCUAUAAUAGGCCAUUUCCACCUCUUAAAGGCCCCGCUUCCUAGCGCUCUGCACACUCUCUCCCGCCGGAAUGGUCCCGUCUUGUUUCUCCGGUUUGGACAGCGGCCAGUCCUCUUACUCUCUACUCCCUCUGCUAUUGAAGAAUGCUUCACAAAGAACGACAUUAUUUUCGCUAACUGUCCACGCUUUGCCUCCAGAAAGCAGCUGGACUAUAAUUUCACCUCCAUUGGAGGGCCUCCCUACGGCCGUCUCUGUCUGAACCUCCGCCGCUUCGCUGCUCUCGAAAUUUUCUCGUCCAGGCGCCUUCAGAUGUCUUCAAAUAUUCGAAUGGAGGAAAUUCGAUUUCUGACCAAACAGUUGUUCAAGUCCUCAACCAAAGGGGUUGAGAAAGUGGAAAUCAAGUCGGUCUUUAAUAUAUUAGCUUUUAAUAUCAUAAUGAAGAUGAUUACAGGAAACAGGUAUUUCAAAGAUGAUGACCUGAACUCAGGUGAAACUAGGCAUAGAUUGGAUGAUAUUAGGCAGACCUUCAGUCCCUCCAGGCAGGUGGGUCUGGGAGACUUUCCAUUCCUGAGGUGGUGUACUUUUCGUGAGGCCAGGCAGAUGAAGAAAUUAUAUAGAAAGAGGGAUUUAUUCUUGAAGGCCAUGAUUGAUGCAUGUCGAAACAUUAGAUCUUCUUCUUCUAUUAUUCAUGGGGAGAGGAGGCCAAUAAUCAUAGAUACUAUGUUAUCUCUGCAAGAAUUGGAACCUGAAUUCUACACUGACGAUAUCAUCAAGGGAAUGAUAAUGGUGAUGCUGAUAGCAGGGACAGAUGCAUCAGCUUCAACUUUGGAAUCGGCUAUAUCGCUCUUAGUAUCACAUCCUGAUCCAUUGUGUUAUGAAUGA